UGAUCGUUUCCUCCCCGCUUUAGGCAAGUGGCACGAGGGGAUGUCGAACGGCGUUGUUUUGUCCCUUUCCUAGGAUUUUUCUCGAACUGUUAAUCGUUGGCGCGGGUUAAACCACCUAACCGAAUUAUAGUUGUUAUAGAUAUAUAUUUUAUAAUAGGUACGAACGUAAAUAAUAACGUGAUAAUGGCGUUAAACCCGUCAUACGAAGCCAUCGGGAAGGGCUUCGUCCAACAAUACUACGCGUUAUUUGACGACCCAGUUCAGAGGCCGAAUCUAAUAAAUAUGUACAAUACAGAAUCGUCCUUCAUGACCUUCGAAGGAUUACAGAUUCAAGGAGCUAUUAAGAUCAUGGAGAAGUUGACUAGCUUAAGUUUUCAAAAAAUUAAUAGAAUAAUAACUGCGAUCGACUCUCAACCUAUGUUUGAUGGAGGUGUAUUGAUCAACGUCCUUGGAAGGUUGCAGGCAGACGAAGAUCCACCACAUGCAUUCUCCCAAAUAUUUGUGCUCAAGCCACUGGGAAAUUCUUUCUUUUGUCAGCACGACAUCUUCCGCCUUGGGAUACACGACACUAUUCUCAACUGGGUUUUAUUCCAAAAUAAGUAUACAAACAUAUAGGAUAUGACAAUAAUAGCAAUAUUAACUGCAUUCUAAACGCGUGUUGAUAUUUACUUGAAGAACCUGGUAGAAAAAUUCGAUGUCAUUGAAAUGGCUUCCACAUUUUUUCCGUGGUAAAUACUAAAACCAGUUGAUACAAACAAGUCGAAGGUGUGACCAGUUGUUGCUCUGCAGGCUGCGAGCUAUCAAGAUGCAAAUAAAACUGGAUAUUCUGGGGGCUCGAUUGGCUGGCUCCUCUCUACGGCCUUAGUCGGGUUUCCAAGCGGCAUACUUCGCGUUGAAUAAUUAUGCAACUAUCCUCGGUGUUUUUUGUAUGAAACAAUUAUAAUGAAAUAUUUCAGCUAUCGUCAUCCAAUGUACAUAUUUUUUUUUGUCUCAUCGCUCCUAGCAAAUUCAAAUUCUUAAAUUAGUUAUAAAUACGUAUAAGUAUUGUGUACGUUAAGUAGGUAUUGCAGUUACAUCAAUUAAUACUAUAAUACUUAAUAAUAAUGAUAAACAUUCGCUCGUAACAAAUACACGUUGUAUCUGUAAUAGAGUUACUUAAUUACAAGUCAGGAAAAUUACGAAAAAAUUUACAAAGCCUUAAUAAUUAUAAUACGUGGUCCAUAAAAAUCUUAUUUUGGCAAGAGUUCGAAGUAUCAAGACACCUCCAGCUCCUUCUGGAUUAGUCGUUUCGAGUUUGGAAUGAAACUGGGCAGCUCGCAUGAAUAAAUAAUAUAUGUAUAAUUUCAAACGUUAAUCUUGAAUUUCUUAUUGCUGCAAUAAUGCUCUUUACUUAUAGCGUUAGUUUUACUUGUUGUAUUUUGGGGUUUCUUCUUAUAUUUUUCCAUUCUUUGCAAGAUGAAA